UGUGCGUUCUUAUGAUGCUUUGCGGCGGAGUCUCCUCCUCUCACUCAUGGUGGCGACGACAGGGACAGACAAAUAACGUUAAGGAAAAGACGUAGAAUUUAUACUCUCGUUUUAAUUUGAAUUUUGUGUUUGUCACACGCUGUAGUGUACGGUCGGAGAGUGUUUCUAGUAAAUACUGAGACGGGUUCGAGUUCAGAAUGACUAAUGAAGAACCUCUGCCGAAGAAGGUUCGCCUUAGUGAAUCUGACUUGAAGACCCUGUCCAGAGAAGAUCUGUGUGCAAGGUGGAAACAACAUGAAGCAUAUGUUCAAGUUCUAGAGGCAAAAUACACAGAGCUGAACUCAAAUGAUGUGACUGGUUUGAAGGAGUCUGAAGAGAAGCUGAAACAGCAACAACAAGAAUCUGCACGGAGAGAGAACAUCCUUGUCAUGAGGCUUGCCACGAAGGAACAGGAAAUGCAAGAGUGUACUACCCAGAUUCAGUACCUCAAGCAAGUUCAACAACCCAGUGCUGCCCAGCUGAGAUCUUCUAUGGUGGACCCAGCUAUCAACUUGUUUUUCCUUAAAAUGAAGGGCGAACUGGAACAGACUAAAGACAAACUGGAACAAGCCCAAAAUGAACUGAGUGCCUGGAAAUUUACACCUGAUAGUCAAACAGGCAAAAAGUUGAUGGCCAAAUGUCGGAUGCUUAUUCAGGAGAAUCAAGAGUUGGGGAGACAGCUGUCCCAGGGACGUAUUGCCCAGUUGGAGGCUGAGUUGGCUUUGCAGAAGAAGUAUAGUGAAGAGCUUAAAAGCAGUCAAGAUGAACUGAAUGACUUCAUCAUUCAGCUGGAUGAGGAGGUGGAGGGAAUGCAGAGUACCAUCUUGUUCCUCCAGCAGCAACUGAAAGAGACUCGCCAGCAGAUGGCUCAGCAAGGGCAGCUGCAGCAGCAGUCCUCCACUCCAGCCACAAGCAGGACUUCCUCUUCUGAGCCUUCUGGCCAGGCUGAGGCAGCUUGCAAAGACAGCAGCGGCAGAGUGGCAAACGGAUCAAGCAACGGCAGCCCCUCCCAGAGGACUUCUGGGUCUGGCCUUUACAGGGAAGUUAGUAGCACUGAAGAGGAUUUCCCCUCUUCUCCUGGAAAUGGGAAUAAACUCACCAACCACUCUGAAGAGAGAAUAAGCAGGGGGAGCGGGUAUAUGAAUCGGCUUAGUGCUGGUUAUGAAAGUGUAGACUCUCCUACAGGCAGUGAGAACUCUCUCGCUCACCAGUCAAAUGACACAGACUCCAACCAUGACCCUGAUGAGCCAGUGAGUGGGAAAGGUAACAGAACUGCGGGUUCUCGCCACGUUCAGAAUGGUUUGGACUCCACUGUAAAUGCGCACAGUUCAGUUUUGUAACAUUUCUUUACACACACACACAAAAGUAUACAAUGUCAUUGGUUUUGGCUGAGGAUGCUGUCUUGAAGUGUAUGAACUAGGAUGUUUAAAAACAAGGAAAAAAUAAGUAAAGUUCUGCUUUAAUUUUUAAUUUGUUUUGCUUCAUGUGAUCCCUCUGCCACAGUUAAAUUUUAACAAUUACGUUGAACGUUGCUAAACAAAAUGGUUACUUGUAGAUUUGAGUUAUUUUUAUAUGAUUUAAUGUAAUGAGAAAGUUGUUGCAAAACAAAUCAUAAUGAUGUCUGUAUAAUUCUUUGUAUAUCCAAAACCGGUCCUGUACAUUUUAUUCACAAUCACAUUUACACUGCUGUUCAUAAGGAAUUUACCCUUUUCAUGCUUCUCAUCUAAUGCUGCAAGGUGCCCUAUACAGUAAUAUACCACACAAGUUAUUUUUAUUUGUGUUGCCAUGUUCAGGAUGUCUGUGUAGUUUAAUUGUUGAAUACAAUAUUGUUUUUUUGCAACUGUGUUUUUGUUUUUUGUUUUUUUCUCCUAGGCGAGAAACACUGUUUUUAAGAAUUGUGUGUGUACUUCUACAGUUUCUAGGAAUUGUUGUACGUGUUUAAUGCAUAUUACCCAGACUCUUCCAUGAACCCCUUUCCUGUACUGACCAAACAUAAAUAAAGACUUUUAAUAUUG